AUGAAUGAGAUGAAAAACAAUUUCAAAAAUAAGUUUGUCAGUAACUCUUUUAUUAAUCAAAGUUUAAUUGAUGAAUACUAUAUUACUAAUUCUGAUGGUAUUACUGAGUGUAAUGUUGAAAUUACCGGAAUUCAUCCCACCUCUUAUCCUGCACAUCUUGUAAGACCAACUCCUCUAACUGAGAAUAUCAUUGCUUUUCCUAUCUCAAAUGGAGUGUUUCAUGUUGUUCAUGAACAACUUAAGCAUUUCCCUGAUUGCAAUCCGUCUAUGAAUGAGUCAAAAUUAGACACUGAUAGCUCAUCAUCUAACACUAAUCAAACUCCUUCUGACACCGAAUUCAGUCGUGACUCAAUGAUAAACAAAAGGACUCAAAGCUCUCUUGGUGAAUCUUACAUGCAAUGUGUUGAAGAAUCCAUUCAUGUGAAGUUUGAUGAGGAAUCAUACACUAAUGAAAAAGUCACUCAUUCUCCUUCUAUUUUUCAAAAGCUUCUCUUUUGUCCAUUUGAUGAAGAACCUUCUGCUGGAGAUAAGACUGAUUCCUCUGAUUCUAUCAUUCCAGUUCCAUGUUCUUUGAAUCAAGAUACUACAGCAACAUCAGCAGAUAAUUCAUUAGGUGCUGAUGAAACCCUUGAAGCUGAAGACUCUCCUGAAACUGAUAAUGUGUCAGUGUCAAACUCUCCGGAAUCAGCAUCAGUCACUGAACAUCGAGAUCAUCCCGUUGAUCGAAUUAUAGGAAAUAUUCAUGAUGGUGUCCAAAGCAGAUCUAGUGUACUUAAUAACUUUUGCAUAACUCUAAAAUACUCUCCAAUGGCGGCAUCUCUGUUCACUUACUCCUCAACCUCUCGAAGGGUCGUUCCUGCUCCAAACUCUCCUCCACUUCCAAUUCACAUCAAGUCAACAAAUGUCGUCUUCAACCCUGAUAUUCCAGAAAUUCAUCGAGGUCUUGGACUCGAUGAUUUUGUCAAUUUCUUAGCUUCUUGCUGCCUACGAUAUGCACUCAGUGAUGUUCCGUCUGAGUUCUUCCCUGAACAAGUAUGUGAGUUCUACUACACUGCAACUGUCAAUGAAGACAAUAAUGCCAUCACCGGAACCAUUGGACAUGGAAGACACUCUGUUUUCAUCACCACAAAACUUCUCAGUGCUGCUUUAAGGUUACCUAUUUUUGAACCUUUCUCUGAACCUCCCACUAUUGAAAGGUGUAAACGUAUGUUUGAUCAACUGGGUUAUGAUCACUCAAAGGCUGGUACUCGAUCAGCUCUUAUUUUGCGUCAGUGUAUGACCCCAGGUUGGAAAUUUUUCACUGGUGCUCUAUACAAGUGUGUGGGUCACAAGUCUCGAAGUGGUGAUCAGUUAAGUACUUAUGAGCAACAAGGCGUCUGCUCCCUUCUUCUCAACAAAAUACUAGAUUAUGGGGCUCUAUUCUUUGAUCAGCUUGUUCAGCUUCUUCGUGCAAAUGUGCGUGCUAAUCAUGUUCCGUUUCCACGUUGGAUUGCUCUGGUGUUCGACAAAUUCUUCGCUGAAUAUUACUUCUCUCACUCCGGCAAUCCCAUCCAAUGCCCUCGAAUGUCUGUUCGUAUGUAUCAGGAUGAUCUUUUGGAUACUAACAUUGGAAUCUCCGAUAGGAUGAGAGAAUGGAUUGUAAAUCCAUACACUGUGCCUUCUCUCACCGCUGACACUGAUGAAGGAGGUGCUGAGGGUAAUCAUGUGGAUCAUGCUGAUCAAGAGGUUGAACACCAUGAUGGUGGUCAUUUCUCUCCUCAACUUUCUCAUCACAUCAUCUUGGAUACUGACAAAGCUUCCUCAACACCAAAAGAUUCCAUGAAUCAGGGGGAGCAACCAUCUCAGGGAGAGCAUCCGUCACCAGCAGCUCAACAUUCUUCUCCGAGGAUGCCACCUAGCUCUCCAGUUUCUCCAGUCACCUCAGUUGUUCAAAUUCCCACUUCUACAUUUUCUGAACUCAUGACACUGACUCGGGACAUGAGUCAGCGUCUACUUCGUAUUGAGGGUGAUGUUCAACAGAUAAAGGAGGUUUUCCUACUUACUUCUCCCUCUAGUCCCAAAUCUGAGGAUGCUCAAAAAGGGGGAGAUUCUGAUGAUGAUGCUGAUGCUGAUGAUCAUGCUGAUGGUGAACCAAAUGAGAAAGACACAAUCAUUCAGCAUAAUUCACCCACGCCCAUUCCUGAGUCUGAUUCUGUGGGGCAUAAUAGUCCAGCAGCUACUGAAAAACUGAUUGAAGAUAGUGAACAUGAUGAAGAGCAUGAUGAACCUGAUGAUGAAUGUCAAAUUCUUGACAUGAACUUCAUUAAUCCUCUUGUUCCAGUUCAGCAAGAAAGUUCAGAUGACCUUGAAAAAUCUCAUCUGAUAUCAGCUGAUCUUACUGCUGAUCCCAUCUUUCCGGUUCAAGGAGAGGAUUCGGAUGUUGCCAGUGAAGAAUCUCAUUCGCCAUCUCGAAAGCGUAAGCACAAACUUCAGGCCAAGGGAUCCUUUGAAGCUCAGAUGCAGAAGUUCCUGGAAUUUCAGUCCAAGGCUCAGUCUUCUCAACCUCCUCCUGGCCCUAGUUAG